CCCGUCUCCAAAAUCGUUGGCCUUGAUUCGGCCGUUGAAGACGAGGAAGCCGGAUUCGUCAUGAGAUGCUCACUACCUCCCCACAGGGAAUCGAUAGGGUUCCGGUUCUACGACGAUUACGAAACCCAUUACCACAAUUUUCACACAAACAGGUGCAUUGAGUGCCGCAAGAAUUUUCCAACAGAUCAUCUUCUCAAUGUACACAUUGAAGAGUGUCAUGACCCCCUGGCGAGGGUCGCCAGAGAAAAGGGAGAGCACACAUAUUCCUGCUUUGUUGAAGGAUGCGAGCGCAAGUGCAUGACUCCCCAGAAGAGGCGACUUCAUCUGAUAGACAAACACAAAUUUCCUCAUAAUUUCUUCUUCGCUGUCACAAAGGACGGAAUUGAUGGGAAACGUUCGCUUCUCAUAGAAGCUAGCCGUAGGCGCAGAUCGUCGGCUGGUUCUCAAUCACAAGCGAAGGAAUUAAGGCGCCGUGCAAAUACCCUGGAAAAGGAAGCGUCACAGCCCGAUAACAAAUCACAGCCAUCGCAGCCUUCCACUACGGCGGAUAAGGGCAAGGCGAAGCCGGAGAAAGCAGAUACUGAUAUGGCAGAUCUUACUGGAGCCAUGUCAGCGUUACAAUUCGUACCAUCCAGCGUCCGGUUCGGCCGAGGCCGAGCAGGCUUCUCAAAGAGGUAA